GUCAGUCGCACCCCACCACUCAACGAUAGAGAACGUCGAGAUUUUUAAGAACCAAAAAUAUAAUACAAAAUCAAAGCCAAAAUGGCAUAUGCAGUUAAUCAAAAUCUGGCAAUGACACGAGAUACUUUCAAAGUUACUUUAAUAAUCGACGAUACAGUCGAAAACUUCUACAUUAAAAUGAAGAUCAAUUCUGUAUCGAAAUUUGACAUUGAACAUCCCUUGAUCAAGUUUAAGAACAUGGUUUUCAAGCGUAAUCCAAAUGUUAAUACACCAAACUUGAAGGUUUACUGGAUAGAUGCGGAAAAUGAUAAAAUUUUAAUCAGUUGUGAAGAAGAUUUCCAAAUGUAUCUUGAACAAGGUCAUGGUAAGAAAAUCUUCUUCAAUGCAUCGACCGUUCUUCCUAAACCACCAAUUGAGGAUGAUGAGGAAGUUCCCAUGGAAGCUGAGGAGUCGACUUCUUAUAAAAAGACUAAAUUAGAUCGAAAGGCAAAGAAAAUGUUUGUAACUUUAUAUUUAACGACUCUUCAUCCCCCCACCAUCUUAAUUUAUUAUUUAUUUAACAGAGCUCGUGAAGAAGAGAGAAAAGAAGAGAGACAAAAACGAAUUGCAAAGCGUUUGGUUGAGAAAAUGAAACAAGCUGAGGACAAGUUGCGUCAUGAAGAAGAACGUCAUCAACGACAUCCAGAAAAAUUGGAACGUAAAACCGCAGAACGUUUGGAACGAGCUAAGAAGCGUUAUGAACAAUUUCGUCAACUUAUUACAGCUUCGAUGGAUCCAGCAAACUUGAGCGCAGCUGCUGAAGUUAUGAAUAACUUUGCACCUUCAACUUCAACUGCUCCAACUUCUGAAAAUGUUGAUUCUAUGGCAAUGAUGCAUCCAUCGGCAGAAACUAUUCGUUUGUUGAGUUCAGCAAUUGCUGGAUGUUUACAGCCUUGCAAUUUGAUCAAUAAAAUUCUAAAUGAAAUUAUUGGAAUGGUUCCACAGCCAUCUGGAGGUGAAGAUUCGAGCGGAUCUUCAGCACCUCAAACAAGUUCUGAUCAACAACAACAAACUGAAGUUCCAAAGCAAAACACGGCAACAAACACUUCUGAUUUAAAUAGUCCAGCAACUGGUCAUCCAUCAAACGAAGAAAUUGAAGCGCUUUUCAAAGAAGCAGCAAAGGAAUUGGAAAAAAUGAAUGAAAUCGUCAAUAAUGGAAAAAUGAGUGAAAGUUUUGCUUCACUCGCUUCAUCUUCGACAACGACUGGUGAAACACAAAUCGAAAAGACUUUUACAAACAUCACUGACUCUGCUAUUUCCAAUGCAACUGUUAUUAACGCUCCAAUGUCUGUUGAAGAGAAGAAUGACCAAGGUGAAGGUGAUGAUUUAAUGUCAUUUACGCAAGCACGUUCGCGUGAAUCUUCAAUUGAAGUUCAUGACAUAAAUUCAAUGAUCAGCGAAGAUUCUCGAGAUUGGACAAUGUUGGAUGCGCCUGGUGGUGAUGAUGUUGAUGUCACCAUAAGUGAUGAUGCUGCUGAAGAAGAAGCAGUUCAAAAUGUUGCUGAAACAGAAGCAACUCAAAUUGUCGCUGAAGAAAUUCCUGAAAAACCAUCAACUGGCGCAAUUCCAAAGAAGAUUGAACCAACUAAAGAUGAAUCCAUCAAGACAGCUUCAGUUUCUAUCGAGACUCAAACUCAAUCAUCUCUUAUGAUUGAUGCUGAGAAGUCUCAAGCUGCUUCAAUCCAUAAAUCAAUUCAAACGGCUGAACAAAUCAAUGAAAUUGUCAAAGACUCAAUUGCUACAGCUCAAGCGGCAAUUAAAUCAAUUCCAACUCAAGUUGAAGAGCCACAACAAGCUGUACAAGUUGAAGUUGCAGCUGCAGCUCCGAUUAAAGUUGAAACUGCUCCGAAACCAGCUGCUCGUGGGCCUCUAAUUUUGAACAUGAAAGAAACAAAUCCAGCAAAUUUGAGGGCUACACGUAACUCAAGUGUUGCAGCUAAACCUGCUUCUCGUCCAACUUCCAGCUCUGUUGGACCUGCUGUCAUUGUCUACGAUGCUAAUCCGAAGAUUAAUGCUGCAGUUCAUCAAAUGAUGAACAUGGGAUUCUCUAAUGAAGAAGGAUGGCUGACUCAACUAUUGAUAAAUGUCGAUGGCGAUGUUGCCAAAGCCAUCAAUUUCUUGACCCCACAACCUAAGAACAUCCGAAAACCUUAAAUUGGACACGAAACCAGAUGCAACAAUUCUGAAAAUUGGUGAUGGGAUUUUAUCUAAAACAAUUUAAAUUUAUUUACGAUUGAAAGAAAUUUUAAAUUAAUUGACAUGUCAAAAUUCUUAUUGGGUGGAAAGAAAGUUUAUAUAAAAUAAAAUAUUCUAAUUGUUAGCAGCAGAAAGAAUUACUUUUUGAAGGAUCUUGUUUGCAU